GCAACGUGGCUAACUUCAGUAAGUUUCCCACCGCUUGGUAUUUUCUGUAAGCAUUUAUAAUAUUUUGAACGAUGAAUUUCACAGUAUAGUGAAAAUGACUGAAGUAAAACGAUCAGUUCUACGAAAUUCAAGAGCCGGGCCACACGGCGUAGGUGACCCUAAUGACACUUUUUUAAGAAAAGUUGAAAAAGAUGUUCUUAUACCACAAAAAAUGAGAGAUAAAGCAAGAGAAGAAAAAUGUGUGAAAGAAGUUCAAGAGUUUAAUACCUGUUGUAAAAAUUCUAGUUUUUUAAUGGUAUUCAAAUGCAGAGAUGUAAAUACUGCAUUAAAAUCAUGUUUAGAAACAUGGUUUAAUGAUCCAGCAUUUAAAGAAGAGUGUACGCAAGAAUAUCUACAAGAAAGAAGUGAAUAUAGAAGAACUGGUAUACCGGUAAAAUCAAAAAGAACAAGAGCUGUAUCAACAUCAUAAGUUAAAGGUAAAUUGUGCAUUUAUUAAAUGCAAAAAUGUAAAUAUGCAUAUUUGUAGUACCAGAUUUUCUUUAAUAAAAAAUGAUAACUUUGGAUAAAAUAAAAUAAUAAAGAAUAU